AACGCAGGUCGCAGAGACGCCUCGACAGUCUGCUGCCGCCCGACUGAGCCACAGGACGCGUCUCCAUCGCCAGAGGGACAGACAACCGCCCAGACAUGGACUCCGAUUUGGCCGCAGCGGCCGAAUGUCACGACAAACCGGCGGGAGCCGUGGAGCCCAAGAUCGAGGGCAAGUCCAGCCAGGAGGUCAACGCCUUCUGGAGCAAAGACAAACACCAGGAGAAGGACAAGAAGGACCACCACAAACACGGCGAGAAAAAGCACAAGGAGGGCGACAAGGACCACCACAAACACGGCGAGAAAAAGCACAAGGAGGGCGAGAAAAAGCACCACAAACACGGCGAGAAAAAGCACCACAAACACGGCGAGGGGGGCGAUUCGGACAGCUCCUCUUCCUCCAGCGGCGGGGACGACGGGAAGGGGAAAGGCAAGAAGGAGAAGAAGCACAAGGACAAGAAGCACUGACGGCCCUCUGGCCAGCCCGCAGCGUCUCUCCGACCUGCAUCCUUACAGUGAUGGCCGCUUCCGAAAGCUGCAUGAAUAAAACUACGUGACUUUACACCUU